AUGGAAGAUAGAGCAGCGUUGGGGAAAGACCGAAAGAAGGAAGAGAUGGAUGAGGGGAAGAGAUGGAUGAGGGGAACAGAUGGUAGAAAAGAAGAAGGGGCGAGAGCACGUAUUCGAAAGAGAGAGGAGGAUGAUGAAAGUGAAGAGGGAAGAGAGGGUAAGAGGAAACCCAGUGUGUCAUUAGACAAAGAAUUAGAAGCAAUGAGAGGGAUAGAAAUGGAGAAAAUGGAAAAGAAGGAAACUGAGAAAAAAGGAAAGACCACUAAAAAUAUCAUAGAUGAUUUAACGAGAAAGAUAGAGGAAAUGGUAGGGUUAAUACAACAGAACACUGCAGUUCCUUUAAAAAAUAGAAUUAGAGAAUUUCAUGGAGGGAUAAAAGGGCUGCGGAGGAUAUAUGAAAAAGAAGAAAGGGAAAGGGAGGAAAAAAUGCAUCUAUUAAAUACACAGAUAGAUAAAAUACAAAGUAAUAUAGAGAUGAGAGUGGAAUUGGGGAAAAAGAUGACAGAGAAAGCUGAGAAAGGAACGCAAACUGAAAUAAAUAAAAAACAAAUAGCAACACAAACAAAUAUUCAAAGAAUGUUUACACUACAAAGAACUGUGGAGAAGUAUGAAGAGUUUAAAACAGUAAAAGAGGAAAAAUGGACUAAGGAAAGUUAUGAAAACACAGAAGUAUUAAUAGGAAUUCCAUUACACGCAAAGGAUAGCACUGUAUUGGUAGUUCUGGCUGACCCGGGAGAUCCGAGGAUGGAGAGGGGCAUACAGAGGAAAUUUAAAGAAAGAUACCCCGAGAUAGAAGAUAUCGAAGAGCAUAUUGGUGUCAUUGAGCAGAUUCACAAAAUAAAAACGAAAGACCAAAGUGAAACAAGGCGAAGAAAAAUAAUAAAAAUUACCUGUAAGGGAACUGAUGAGGAUCGCUUUGAAAGCUUUAGAUUGCUAAGGGAGGAAGUAAAGCAUGACGAACGCAUAUCAUGUCAUACAAUAGAAGAAAGAGACACGAAUACCAUAAGAAAAGUAAUAGAAUCCAAUUUUCAUGGUACGAAAACAAGGGUUGUGAUAUAUGCACCAGAAAUGGAAAAAAAUAAGACCGUAGAGAAACAAGAAAGAAAAACAUAUGCUUUUGUCGUGGAAAAUAAAGACAAGUCAUAUACAGACACCUUAAAGGAAGUAAAAGAGAGACUACAAAAGGGAAACAUAGGAGAGGGAAUAAAAAGUAUUAGAUGUACCAGAGAAGGAAAACUAUUAGUUGUAAUGGAUAAAGAUAAAGACAAGAUAGAAAAAAUUAAGGCCAUUGUUAGAAAUAAAGAGAUGAAAGUAAAACAGCUGAGAGAUGGAGAUACAGACACUAUACAUAUAAGAGGUAUGGACGCAUUAGUUGAAAAAUGUGAGAUACGAAGAAAGCCAUAG